GAACGCACCGACGUUGACUCUGUGUGUGACGUUUCCCGAUGGGGGCGGAGCAUCCUCCAGCUUCCCAAUUCUAACCAACCCGAUCCCCAUAGCCGUUGCAUUCUACUGAUUUGCUUCAGUGUGCCUCGGCAGUGCGUUCGGUGCGUUUUUUUGGUGUGUGCCUGUGCACAUAGCCGCUCACCACCAACGUACGUUCGUGCUUGCUCGCAUCCAUUUCCCUGUCGUAUGUAACGAGAAAUUGUUGUGCUCAUCAAAAUCGUUCAGCGAGAAGACACGCUCUUCGCAAUGCCCUGGGCAUGCUUUUCCGACAUUCAGACAGUAUAGUGGCAUGAGUCGAUUAAUCUAUGGCAGAUCAACAAGAUCAGUUGUCAUCAGGGGGGUCUGUAGAGACGGCAGAUGCUUCAGCAGGCACCUCUAAGCCUAGAGGAAACAGCUCUAGCAGUAGUAGCAGUGGUUAUAGAAAACGACAGAGCACUGGUUCUAUUUCAGACACUGUAGAAGAAAAAAGACGUAGAGAAAAUAUUGAUAACCCGCAAACAUCUCAAGUUUUUAAUAACACUUCGUAUGAAAAUAAGGCUGAUACUUUCGAAAAAGUAGGUAAAGCAAGAGGUGAUAAUAAAAGUCAUGGCAGUGGCUUAGAAUCAUAUCUAGGUAACACUUGGAGGUCUCAGCACAAGGUUCAGCAAUCAAAUUAUAAUAUCAGUGGGAGUAGUACGAGAGUUCGUAGUACAACAAGAACAAGCUUACCAGAGUUAAAUACAAAAGCUAUUGACUGUAUUGCUGCAAGGACCCGUUCUCGAACACCACAAAAUUCACAAGCCAUAUCACAAGGACAUAAUAGUUUCAAUUUAUCGCUGACUAGUGGCUACAAUAACAGAGAAGGGUUAACAUAUAACAACUUGGUACCAGCAUCAAGUGCUACACCACUUACUAGUCAUCCAUCCACAUCCAGAGGAAGAGGCCUGAGGAUGAGCGAAUGUCUGGAAGGAUUUGUGUCUGCUGUCAAAGCACUUUUUCCAAUAUCAACACAAACGUAUCAUCAAGAAGGAUCGAAGUCUCACGGUGGUGCAACCUGCGCGAGCAGCAGUGCGAGUAAUCAAGUUUUGAGUGUGAAGUCCAGCAUCAGAGUGGGUAACGCAGCCAGUAAUUCCGUGGAGAGCGGUGGGCGGGCGUUGACACAUGACGGGGCAGGCACUAGUGGCAUCACAACAACAGCCACUGCCAAUCCACCUGUGUCUGCCACCGCCGCUGCCAACCUUACACACCCUUAUCCUACGCACAAGCAUAUAUUACGUUCUCGCGCAAAACUCACCAGUGAGCAACCAAAAGAACUGCCAAGUAGUAACAAAACUUCAGGAAAGCAUCACAAGAAAGACACUACAACGGGUACUUGUUCAAGCUCCAGACACCGCUCUUCGUCACGUGUACGAAAAGCAGUGUUGGAAAGUGGUUCCGGAGGAGUGGGAAGUGUAAUGUCAGGAUCUGAAUCCGUAACUAAUAGUGCUACUCCAACGUCAGUUUCAUCAACAGUUCCUGUUAAUCAAUUAGUUACAACUACAGGCGAAGACGAAUCAGCAUCUACAGCUACAUCUGCAACUGCAAGUGGUGGGCCUUCUGGAAUGUCUGCUACUACAGGAGAUAGUGAAAGCGAUGAUGGCGAAGUUGGAAGGCUCCAAGCAUUAUUGGAAGCAAGAGGAUUGCCUCCCCAUGUAUUUGGUGCAUUUGGUCCACGAGUACAACAUUUAUUGAAUAGAAGCAUGGGUGCAAGUUCUGGUAAUACUGCAAAAGCACAACAGCUUUUGGCUGGACUACAAGCUGUUGAUGAUGAAGGCGAACAGUUACAGGCUGUUAUUGGAAUGGGUGAAAUUCUUGUGAUGGGGAAUGAGGAUACAUUAACUGGUUUUCCAGUGAAACAAGUGGUUGCCGCUUUAAUCAUUUUGCUCGGAAUAGAACACAAUUUUGUAAUAAUGACACACGCUUGUCGUGCUUUAACUUACAUGAUGGAAGCUCUACCGCGAUCGUCAACAGUUGUGGUAGAUGCUGUGCCAGUGUUCUUACAGAAACUAGAAUCUAUCGAGUGCAUGGACGUGGCAGAACAAUGUCUGACAGCAUUAGCCAUGCUGUCACGUCGGCACAGUAAAACUAUUUUACACGCGGGAGGAGUAUCAGCUUGUUUGAAAUUCGUUGAUUUCUUUAAUAUAACGGCUCAACGGGCUGCAUUAACCAUUACAGCAAACUGUUGUCAAAAUCUUCAUCCUGAUGAUUUUCACCUUGUAGCUGAUAGUUUGUCUUUACUCACUAGUAGACUGACAAAUCAGGAUAAAAAGAGCGUUGAAUGUGUUUGUCAAGCAUUUAGUCGUUUAGUUGAUAGUUUUCAACAUGAUCCUGUUACUUUGCAUAAAAUUAUCAAUGCAGAACUUCUUCAAAACUUACAACAACUGCUUAUGAUUACACCACCUGUCAACAGUAUUGGUAAUUUCAUAACAGUACUACGAAUGCUCUCUGUGAUAUCAAAUCGCUGUCCUGACUUGGCACAGCUGCUUUUGCAACAAAAUAUAGCUUUCACGCUGAGUUAUCUUUUAACCGGUUCAUUGGAAGUAAAAACGGAGGAUGUAGAGCUUGUGCCGCGUUCUCCACAAGAAUGGUUUGAAAUUACUUGUUUGAUAGAGGAACUGAUGCCUCCACUACCAACAGAUGGUAUAUUUAGUGUAAAUAGUUUACUCGAAAGGACCAGUAAUCAACAAGAAAAUGUUCAUUGGGAAUGGCGUGACGAAAGACACUGUUACCAUCCAUUUAGUACUAUUGAUUCUAGAAUUAUUGAGAUGGCAUUUCAGAAUGGCGAGGAUGAGAUUUGUCUAUCUUCUUUAGGACGAACUUAUACAAUAGAUCUAACUGUGAUGAAACAAAUCAAUGAAGACAUUGGAGUAGCAAGAAGCAUUUUUCGUAGAGUAAAUACUCAUCCCACAGAAGGCAAAAGUCCUACUUGUUUGUCAAGCAUGGAUGUUGUACCUCCAGUAAUCGAAACAAACGAAUGGCUAGUGUCUUUUAUUCGGACUUUAUUCUCUGUGCUGUAUGAAGUAUAUAGUAGCUCCGCUGGUCCUGCAGUAAAAUGUAAAUGUCUGCGAGCUCUAUUACGUAUGGUCUAUUAUGCUUCAACUGAUUUACUUAAGGAUGUCUUGAAAAAUCAAGUAGUAUCAUCACAUAUAGCGGGUAUGCUAGCAUCCCAAGAUUUACGAAUUGUUAUCGGAGCUCUUCAGAUGGCAAGUAUACUAAUGAAAAGGCUACCACAAGUGUUUGGAGUUCAUUUUCAUCGCGAAGGUGUACUGCAUCAAAUACGACAACUAGCUGAUCCUGAAGUACCUCUUGGUGUUUCGCCACCCAAGUGUCCUUCUGGUACAUCAUUACCAACUCCACAGCCAGGUCCAUCUAAUACAUCAAUUUCUUCCACCACAAUGUUGUCUUCUAGUAACGCCACAUCUCCAAUAGCUUCUCCAUCAACAAACGGUAACAUAUUAUUCGGUACAAUUGCAACGUGCCAGUUAAAACCAAAUCUAUCUGCGUCGAUGGAAGCACAUACCAGGAAUGAACUGAAUUCCAUAGAUGACGUCUCAACGCCACAAAGUGCCCACGUGAGAAUUGGGGAUGUUAUAAGGAGAAGACGGCAACAAGGCAAAAAGGGUCGUUUUUCUAGAUUAGGCGGUACAACACCACAACAAACUCAACAACCUGAAUCAUUAUUCACUGGUUUCGCUCCUAAGAAUAACCGUUUCUUAGGCAAUCUCAAUCCCGCAAGAUGGGGUCGGAAAUCAUCGUCUUCGAGUUCUACAAGUGAUAAAAGAGAUUCAAGCUCAUCAACAAGUCUCUCGAAACCACCGAGCAAUUCGAGCUUAACCGCGGGUAACCGAGACAAAGCCAAAACAUGGGUACGUGAACAGGCUGCUCAGUUCUUGACUCGUUACCAGGAUAAUGCUCCUUGCACACACCCUGCUAUGACGGUUCUUUCGAGACUCACUGCUGCUAUACAACGGUUACAAUCAAAUGAAUUGGACGAAAUGUUGUCAGCACUUACUGAAUUGAGAGAUAUAGUACUUGAGAGUGAUAUAUCUCCAUUUGAGAUGAAUUAUAGUGGUCUUAUUAAAGCUCUGCUCAACUACCUCACAACUACAGAUGCUCCUGGUAAUCGUUAUGAUCGUCUUCGUAUGUUCUGGAAAUUGUUUGCGGAUUCAACUAUUAUGCAGCAGAGCAACAGUACUAUGGAUCUUAAUCCUGGGGCAUUCGGUGCUCUUGUUGCAAAAUUGAAUAGUUGUGUUGCACAGUUGGAACAGUUCCCAGUAAAAGUUCAUGACUUACCGGCUGGAUCUGGUGCUGGCCGUGGAGGCACUAGUGCUCUUAAGUUCUUUAAUACACAUCAACUUAAGUGCAAUCUUCAACGACAUCCGGAUUGCAACAAUUUAAAGCAGUGGAAGGGAGGUACCGUCAAGAUAGAUCCUCUUGCAUUAGUACAAGCAAUCGAACGAUAUUUAAUGGUUCGCGGAUAUGGUAGAAUACGCGAAGCAGAAUCUAUGGUUAGUGAUGACGAUAACAGUGAAGACGACAUUGAUGAUACUCUGGCUGCAGUAGUUAUAAGUCAAGGAUCGGCAAAGCAUAAACUGCAGUUUUUGAUCGGGGAUGAAGUACUGCCUUUCAAUAUGACUGUAUAUCAAGCUGUCAGACAAUUUGGUUGUUCUGGGAUUGAUCAUUCUGAGGCAGAAGCUGAUGGUGAACCACCUCUUGGUCAUGAUGCUGUUUGGGUGCAAACGCAUACAAUUUAUUACAGGCCUGUACCAGAGGAAGAAACUACAACAUCACCAAAACCAGGAUCAAGUUCGCAAGGUAAUAGCCGUAAAGGUAAAGGAAAAAGUACAAAGAUCAGUUCGAAGCGGAAAGAAGAUAGCUUAUGGCUCGAAGGAAUAAUUCCUCCACAACGAUGUCCACUUGAACCUUACCUGUCUCCUAUUCUACCACCUUCAGUUACCAUUAGUGAUGCUUCAUUAGAUGGUUUGUGCCUAUUGCGUCUUCUACAUUCAUUAAAUCGUCACUGGGGUGUACUCUUUCCUUACAUAAAGAGAGUGAAUCUACUUUCUCCGCAAGACUUUAUUAAUAGUAAGAUAGCUGCAAAAGCGAGUAGACAACUGCAAGAUCCGCUGGUAAUCAUGACUGGGAACUUACCUUUGUGGCUACAACAAAUUGCUUCAGUGUGCCCAUUCCUGUUUCCAUUCGAAACGAGACAAUUAUUACUCUAUGCAACAUCAUUCGAUCGGGACAGAGCUCUACAACGACUUCUAGACUCUGCACCAGAAUUAUCAGGAUCAGACAGUCAAGAACGCGUUACUCCGCGUUUGGAACGAAGAAAAAGAACUAUAUCGAGAACUGACAUUCUCAAACAAGCGGAACAAGUUAUACAAGACUUAGCGUCUAGCAAAGCCUUACUUGAAGUGCAAUAUGUCAAUGAGGUUGGCACCGGUCUUGGUCCAACAUUGGAAUUCUAUGCUUUAGUCUCGCAAGAAUUACAACGUAGUGAUCUGGACCUGUGGCAUGGGAGUUCAAAUCCCACUGAAACAGGAUACGUUAAUGCUCCGCAUGGACUUUUCCCAAUGCCAAUCUCAUGGAAUACUAAAGUAUCUCAUCUUGCAAAGCUUAAAACAAAGUUAAAAUUCCUCGGAAAGUUUAUGGCAAAAGCAAUCUAUGAUUCAAGAAUGUUAGAUUUGCCAUUUAGUUUAACUUUCUAUCGUUGGUUAUUGGGAGAAGAGCAUACUUUAACCGUGUCAGACUUAGCAUAUGUGAGCCCCGAAGUACAUCGAACUCUUAGUAAACUACAAGAAGCUGUUAGACAAAAGGAAUCAAUGGAGAAAGAUCAAACAUUGAGGCCACAUGAAAAAGCACAAUUAAUAGAAUCGUUAAGUCUAGAUGGUUGUCCGAUUGUAGAUCUUGGCCUUGUUUUUGAAUUACCAGGUUACGAAAACAUCGAAUUAAGAAAAGGUGGAAGCGAUAUACCCGUUAACAUAUAUAACCUGGACCAAUAUAUCAAGUUGGUGGCACAUUGGUUUUUGCACGAAGGUAUCUUCAGGCAAAUGGAAGCUUUUCGAGAAGGAUUCGAAUCUGUAUUUCCGCUAUCACAAUUAAGACUAUUUUUCCCUGAAGAACUCGAAGCUGUGUUCUGUGGACAUGCACAAACUGGUGGCAAGUGGGAUGUGAAAACACUUUCGGAAUGUUGCAGAACUGAUCACGGCUAUACUCCAGAUUCUCGUGCAAUUCGGUUUUUGUUUGAAGUUAUGUCAAAAUACAGCAGUGAAGAGCAGAGGCAAUUUGUUCAAUUCGUGACAGGUUCACCGCGAUUGCCAGUUGGAGGUUUUAAGAGUUUAACGCCACCGUUAACAAUAGUGCGCAAAACAUUUGAUCCAUCUAUGAAGACGGAUGAUUUCCUGCCGUCUGUAAUGACUUGCGUUAACUACUUAAAACUGCCGGAUUACACAACCUUAGAAAUAAUGCGGGAAAAGUUGCGAAUAGCUGCACAAGAAGGACAACACUCGUUCCACCUUUCCUAGAAACGGAGGAAAAAUCGGCGCGCCAUUUGCUCUUUUGCUAUCACAUUGCCCAGGUUGAGACCAAUUAUCCAAACCACAUUUAAAACAUUAAAAAAAAAGGAACAGCUUCAACUUCGAAACUCAGUAACUACAGUUUUGCACUUUAUAUAUAACUUUUUUCGGAAGAUUAUCUUUAAUUUUUAAUUUCAGUGACAAUUUGUUUAAAUAAAUCCUAACAUGAUGUUUGUCUUUUUUAUUCAUAUAUUCAUAUUGUAAUAUAUUUUAUCAAAACGAAAGAAGAAGUGCAAAAUGAUAUUAGCUGUACCGUAAUGAGUUUCCCAUCUUGUGGUAUUAUGAACUAGGUAGCGUGAGAGCAGUCUUGUUCUAGGAAACUUAUCUUUGAUGUGUUACAAUAAUUAAUAAAAAAAGUUGUAUAUAUAGUUUAAUAUACGCAAGUCUAUAUAAAUACUUUAUAUGAUAGUAACAAGGAAAAUGAUAUUGCUAUAAAACUCUAUAAUAAUUAAAAUAUAGUUUGAAGGGACGUUUACUAGGUAUAAGUAAAUUUUAUAUCAGUGAUGCAUUUAGCAUCGCCAUGAAACGCCAAUCUCAUGUCUCACGAAUUUGCAAAGUUGUGUCACAUGAAUUAAACAAAAUCUGUAAGCAAAACAUGCGCUAUAAAAUAAGCGUGAACCAUGAUUUAUCACCACUUAAGCUAAAACAAAAAAAAUUAUGAGUUUGAACGUAACAACGUGAUUAACAAUUGCCGCUUUAUUUUCUUAAAUCGAUCUCGUUUAUGUUCGCUGCUUUAUUCCCAACGUAUCUGCGAGCACUGCGCGAACCGAUGUGCAAAAACACUCAUAUUUAAGUUCACUCGAUGUAUCACCAAUUAAACUUAUUUGAUAUUUUUAUUCUAGGUAAGAUAGUCCAAUUAAUACUUUACUUAGUCGUGUAAAAGUGCAGCCAGCAUCGCCAGACCGAGUCACCAUUAAUGACACGUGAAUCGAAGAAAAAAAAUUCUUAUAUCCUACUUACUUACAGGCAAAAUAUCUAUUUAUGAGAAAAAUGUACGACAAAUGUAUAAUAUGAAAUAGAAUGGAUAUAAAAUCAGCGAAGCUGGUGUAUCAAAUGGAUUAUACAAGGUACAUUACUUUCUUAUAUCUCUGUAGAAAUGUGAUUCUGAACAGACAAAAUUGUGAAAAUAUGAAAUGAUCAAAAGUAGAUGAGAAAAAGAAAGGAAAUGACACGCGACUAUUUGUUUUACAUUUAUAUUGUGUACCAUUGCUUGAAAUGAUGAAUAUAUAUACAUCACUUUUUGAUUUUUAA